GUUGUGACAUUUCAAAAUUUCUUAUAGACGGUUCUCUUUUUUUCAUCGGCUUUCCCACGAUACCAUUCUUACAAUCGUUAUAAUAUCCAUCUAUCUGCGAGCGAAAGAGACAAAAGUCGGGCGGCGGCACAGGAUUUGGCGGGCGGGUUGUCACUUUCGGAUCAUCGUCAUAAAGGGUGUCUCAUGAGAUGUUGGAAAUCUUUUACCAAUUUUUUUUGGCUCAUUUUUGCCUGCGACUUAUUCGAGCCCGCGGGCUCCGGAACGAUGCGGCAGAGUCGACGGCGCCUCAUGGUUUGAGGUACGCAAAGGAAAGGGGGAACUGCAGGAGGAGAAAGGGGGACACGGGCGCGCGGAUUCACUUCACUGUCGAUCGCUCAUCCCCACACCACACAACCCCCAGGAUACGGGUCAGGUUGGACCAACCACGUUCUUGUGCAUUUUCGGUUUUCAAAUAUUCGAAAGAGGAAGAAGAUCCCCAAGAGGUUGUGGAGGACCUGGCGAUACCCUCACCCUUGGCGUUGAAAGGAUAUUGGGCUGCACUCUUGUUUUUCCCUGCUUUUUUCAUACGUUAUUCUGUUGCGCGCUCAUCAUGUCAUUUCAGCUCGUUUGGGAUACUCCACCCACGGGUCAUUUUCUAGAUGACGAAAUCAGAGGUUGGUGCUUCGGCAGCACACCUCGCAAAAACUCGACCCUGUUCCCAAACCGGGAGGGCGACUUGUACUACUAGCUUC